UAUGAUUGUUAUCUUCUUUUGAUAGACUUGCACACUAAUCAUAGCCACAUCUAACGGAAAAACAGCUGCAUUGCCUGCACUGAUGUGCACAAGUGUGUGUGUGGGUGUGACUGUAUGUGUAUCAGAGUAAUCGCAAUCGAUGUCGAGUGUUGCCGAACCGAUAAAUUGACCGCGCAGCAAAACAAAGGCGUCAGUUGGCGCUGAAGAGCCCUCGACACUGGUUUAUUUGCUGUUCGCUUUCAUAGCGCUCAGUUUGAACGGGAAUACGUAACCAAAAUGAAGUUGUUGCCGCUUGCAGUGGCAUUAAGCGUUUCGUUGGCCUUUGGCUGUCUGCCAACACCUGGGGCAGCUGCUGGAGCCGACGAUCUGGUUUACGGCUACGAAUGCCACUCUGGCGUCUGUCGCAAGGUGGAGCUGAGCGAGGACAACUUUGCCAAGGCAAUCAGUCUGCCCGUCUGCCGUCUCUUCUGCAGCAGCAGCAUUGGAACGUUGUGGCCCAAGCCCACGGGCGCUGUGCAGCUGGAGCCGCUGAUGCGUCAAGUGGACAUCACCAAUAUUAAAAUCCAAAGGCCUGGCGGCGUCAAUAAAAGGGACAAAGUUUGGCGGGACACCGAGCGACGUUGGAUGGACUUGGUGCACGCCAAGAUACCCAAUCUCAAGCUGCUGCGUUCGGGUGGCUAUCAAUUGGCGGUAGUCAUAAAUACCGCUGAUAGUGCGAAGCCCACACGCCUCACCCUCGACACCGACGAGAGCUAUGUGCUGCAAAUUGGCACCAACUCCACCGCUGGCCAGGUGACUGCCAACAUUACGGCAGACAACUUUUAUGGCGCACGCCAUGCACUGGAGACGCUCAAUCAACUGAUUGUCUACGACGACAUUCGCCGCGAACUCCAGGUGACAGCGAACGCCAGCAUCAGCGAUGCACCCGUCUACAAAUGGCGCGGACUUUUGCUGGACACGUCACGCAACUACUUCUCCGUCAAGUCCAUCAAGCGCACAUUGGAUGGCAUGGCCAUGGUCAAGCUCAACACCUUCCACUGGCACAUCACCGAUUCGCACAGCUUCCCGCUCGAGGUGAGCAAACGCCCCGAGCUGUCCAAACUGGGCGCCUAUACACCUAGCAAGGUCUACACGCACAAGGACAUCCAGGACAUUGUGAAUUAUGGACGUGUGCGUGGCAUUCGUGUUAUGCCCGAGUUCGACAGUCCGGCGCAUGUGGGCGAAGGUUGGCAACAUAAGAACAUGACUGCCUGCUUCAAUGCGCAGCCAUGGCAAAAGUUUUGCGUUGAGCCGCCUUGUGGACAACUGGAUCCUACGGUUACCGAGAUGUACGAUGUGCUGCAGGACAUUUUCAGUGAUAUGUUUGAGCUCUUCGAUCCCGACGUUUUCCACAUGGGCGGCGAUGAAGUCUCUGUGGGCUGUUGGAACAGCAGCGAAACAAUACGCAAUUGGAUGACAAAGCAGGGAUGGAAUCUGAAUGAAGCCGACUUUAUGCGUCUGUGGGGCCAUUAUCAAACCGAAGCUCUUAAGCGCUGGGAUAACUUGACUUCGACAGCGGCAGCACCAACGCCUAUUGUGCUCUGGACGAGCACACUGACACAGGAGCAGUAUAUUGAUGACUAUUUGAAUCCGCAGCGUUACAUCAUUCAAAUCUGGACAACUGGCACCGACAAGGUGAUCAAGAAGAUAUUGAAACGCGGCUAUCGCAUCAUUGUGUCCAACUAUGAUGCACUUUACUUUGAUUGCGGCGGUCCUGGCUGGGUAACGGAUGGCAACAACUGGUGUUCACCCUACAUUGGCUGGCAGAAGGUCUACGAGAACAAUCUCACCCAUAUCGCUGGCGAUUAUCAGCAUCAUGUGCUCGGCGCCGAGGCAGCAAUUUGGUCCGAACAGAUCGAUGAGUAUACGUUGGACAAUCGCUUCUGGCCGCGAGCCAGCGCCUUGGCCGAACGUCUGUGGUCGGAUCCCGUUGGCGCUGAUGGUGGCUGGAAGCAGGCGGAGGCACGCAUGCUGUUGCAUCGCGAGCGUCUCGUGGAGAAUGGCAUCGGAGCGGAGGCAAUGCAGCCUCAGUGGUGUCUGCAGAACGAGAACGAGUGCCCCAUUGAUGCGUAUGCUUAGCGAAAUGCUUGGGUAGCAUAAGCAUUUUACAAAUUGUUAUUCUUAUUAUACAGAUAUACAGCUGCUUAUUGGGAUGGCCACAUCCACAGCCAACUCAGUCUGCUCUUUGCUGUUGGUUUAAUGCUUUGCGUCUGCAAUAAAAUCCACUUGAGAGUGUGCGAGUGACUCGUCGUUUAAUUAAUUAUA